CAAUAUAACAAACACAAAAGGUAGAUUUAGGUAUUGCAUCAGCAGAAGCAUAAGCCUAUAGCAGCAAGCUUGAAGCUUCGAACUUCCUCUGGAUUUCAAUUCGUUCAUUCACUCCAAACAAUGGCGAAGAACAAGGGGAAGAAUAAGAAGAAGAGUUAUGGGCACACUCUCCCAGUUGAUGAAUCCACCAGGCUUCGCUUUUCCCAGAUUCUAGAACAGUUCUGUGAUUCCAAUGAUGAAGUGUUUAAGUUUGAUGCUAAUUUGUCCAACAUGGAACGUGCUUUGGUGCAUCAAUUGUCCCGAAAAAUGGGGCUCAAAUCGAAAAGUCACGGGACUGGGAAUGCGAGGAGAAUUUUUGUUCAGAAAUUCGGAAAGAUGGUUGACAGGGAUAAUGGGCCUGAGAAACUUCCUCAUUUCACAUUUUCUCAAGAGGCAAAUUGGGUAUUAAGUGAUUUAUUUACUCAUUAUCCACCUGGUGAUGGACGCUCGUGGGACAUGAUUGGUGAAAAUAAUGACGGUGCCGAUAGUAGAAGACAAAAUAAGGAUGAUAUCUUUGCCAGGCCUUCUAUGUCCAAAGCUGAAAUCGCCAAGAGAUUGCAAACCCUUGGUUCUAAUACUACUGCAGAUAACUUGAAACAGAUCACCAAAAAUAGAUCUAAGCUUCCAAUUGCAUCUUUCAAGGAUGUAAUUACAUCAACUGUUGAAUCCCACCAGGUAGUUCUCAUAUCUGGUGAGACUGGUUGUGGAAAGACUACGCAGGUCCCACAAUUUAUUUUGGAUCAUAUGUGGGGUAAGGGCGAGGUAUGUAAAGUAGUUUGCACUCAGCCUCGGCGUAUCUCUGCAAUUUCAGUUUCCGAGAGAAUCGCUAGUGAGAGAGGUGAGACUAUUGGAGAAAAUGUUGGAUACAAGAUACGGUUAGAAAGCAAAGGAGGAAGGCAAUCAUCUAUUGUGCUGUGUACUACUGGAAUUCUAUUAAGGGUGUUGGUUUCUAAAGGUUCUCGUGGGUCAAAGAAGGAUGAAAUUUCUGGCAUCACUCACAUAAUUAUGGAUGAAAUUCAUGAAAGGGACCGGUACUCAGAUUUCAUGAUGGCAGUCCUCAGAGACAUGCUCCCUUCAAAUCCUCACCUACGACUGAUAUUAAUGAGUGCUACCAUUGAUACUAUGAGAUUUUCUCAAUAUUUUGGGGGUUGCCCCAUCAUCAGUGUUCCAGGGUUCACUUAUCCGGUCCAAACAUUCUUUUUGGAGGAUGUACUUUCGAUUAUAAAAUCUAGGGAUGAUAAUCAUCUUGAUAGUACCACAUGUAAUAUUCCAAUAAACAAUCGCAAGCUAAGUGAAGAAGAGAUGCUUUCUAUGGAUGAAGCUAUAAAUUUGGCAUGGUCUAAUGAUGAGUGGGACAUGUUGUUGGAGUUGGUUUCUUUUGAAGGAACGCCUGAACACUUCAAUUAUCAGCAUUCUUUAACUGGCCUUACACCAUUAAUGGUGUUUGCUGGAAGAGGUAGAGUGGGUGAUAUGUGCAUGCUCUUAUCUUUUGGGGCAGAUUGCAAUUUAAGAGCCAAAGAUGGAACAACUGCACUGGAAAUUGCUGAAAGGGAAAAUCAUUCAGAAGCUGCUGAAAUAAUGAAGCAGCACAUGGAUACUAAUUUUUCCAACUCCACAGAAGAGAAGUUACUUAAUAAAUAUCUUAGCACUGUCAACCCUGAAUUUGUAGAUGUUGUUCUGAUAGAGCAGCUGAUAAAAAAAAUAUGUACUGAUUCGAAAGAUGGAGGUAUCCUUGUUUUUCUUCCAGGCUGGGAUGAUAUAAACAGAACGCGUCAGAGACUGCUUGCAUCCUCUUUUUUCAAGAACUCAUCGCUGUUUAUGGUUAUAUCUCUGCAUUCUAUGGUUCCAACCAUGGAGCAAAAGAAGGUUUUUAAGCACCUACCACAUCCCUGCCGCAAAAUUGUUCUCUCAACCAAUAUUGCUGAAACAGCUAUCACCAUUGAUGAUAUAGUGUAUGUCAUAGACGCUGGACGAAUGAAGGAAAAAAGCUAUGACCCUUACAAUAAUGUGUCAACUCUUCAAUCAUCUUGGAUUUCAAAAGCAAGUGCUAAGCAGCGAGAGGGGCGCGCUGGCCGUUGUCAACCUGGUAUUUGCUAUCAUUUGUAUUCAAAGGCUCGAGCAGCUUCCUUGCCAGAUUUUCAGAUUCCAGAACUUAGGAGAAUGCCUAUUGAGGAGCUUUGUCUGCAGGUCAAGUUGAUUGAUCCGAGCUGCAAAAUAGAAGAGUUUCUUGGAAAGACACUAGAUCCUCCCGUUUAUGAGUCGAUACGUAAUGCUAUUGUCGUUCUUCAAGACAUUGGGGCAUUGUCACUUGAUGAAAAACUCACCCAACUAGGGGAGAAGCUUGGAUCUCUUCCUGUUCACCCUGUAACCAGCAGGAUGCUUUUUUUUGGUAUAUUGAUGAACUGCCUUGGUCCGGCAUUAACUCUAGCUUGCGCAUCUGACUAUAGAGAUCCAUUUACGCUUCCAAUGUUACCUGAAGACAAGAAGAGAGCUUCAGCCGCAAAAUCUGAGCUUGCUUCUUUGUAUGGGGGAUGUGGUGAUCAGUUUGCUGUAUUAGCUGCAUUCCAGUGCUGGAAUAAUGCGAAAAGGAUGGGUUUAGAAGCACGGUUUUGUUCGCAAUAUUUUGUAUCUUCUAAUUCCAUGCAUAUGUUAUCUGGCAUGCGCAAGCAGCUCCAGACAGAACUAAUCCGAAACGGGUUUAUUCCUGAAGAUGUUUCUAGUUACAACGUGAAUGCAUCUGACCCUGGUGUUCUCCACGCAGUUCUGGUAGCAGGUUUGUAUCCAAUGGUUGGGAGAUUGUGUUCACCAAAUAAAGGUGGUGGAAGAAGGACUGUGACUGUUAUCGAAACUGCAAGUGGUGAUAAAGUUCGGUUGCACACUCAUUCCACAAAUUUUAAGUUGUCAUUCAAGAGAAAUUUAGAGCACACUUUAGUUGUGUAUGAUGAGAUUACUCGUCGUGAUGGGGGUAUGAACAUAAGGAACUGCACGGUUGUUGGACCACUUCCACUCUUACUGCUUUCAACAGAGAUUGCCGUUGCUCCAGGAAAAGAUAAUGAUAAUGAUGAUGGGGAUGGGGAUGGGGAUGAGGAUGAUGAAGGGAGUAAAGAAGAUGAAGAUGGAAUUGAAGAUGAGAUGGAGGUUGAUACCAAGUCUAGUGGACACUGUGAGGACAAGUUUAUGUCUUCUCCUGAUAAUAUGGUUAGAAUAAUCAUGGACCGUUGGCUUAAUUUUGAUUCAACAGCAAUUGAUAUUGCUCAGCUAUACUGCUUGAGAGAGCGACUAUCUGCAGGAGUUUUAUACAAAGUGACACAUCCAAGGAAACCUCUUCCUCCCAUCCUAGAGGCUUCCAUGCAUGCUAUAGCUUGCAUUUUGUCUUGUGAUGGGUGCUCUGGCAUGCCGGUGAUCGCAGAUGGUUUGGACAUACUGACCACUAUGGUAGAUGACACAAAUCUAGGCAAGCAAGCAACGGGGACAAAGCGGUUAGGGAAGAGACCAAAGGGAUCACUUGCAGAGCUUGUAUAUCAUAAGGAUCAAUCCCAGACCAGUUCCUCCUUUCACUUGAUAAUGGCUCAAAUGGAAGUUAAUGAUAAUUUUCAAUUGUAGUUGUAUGUUACAGUAGUUGUAGGGAGCGUUUGCUAGAAAAUCUGUAACAUACGGUUGCAUUCAGCUUAUAUUUACAUAAAAUAUAAAUCCAAACGGUUAGAUUAAACUUUUGUUCAGCUUAUAUACAAAUAGAAGUCGUAACAGUGAAAAUUUGAUCAA